AUGGUCGACGUGGAGAGUUUGAUAUUGGGGGCGGUCUACUAUUAUGGUCACCUCAUCGGAGUUAGUAACUUUGAGUUCAACUGGCAAACGGGUCGUGUCUUUACUGCCAAAAGAAGUACAUUCUAUGCUGUCGCGAUUAACUCCCUUGUUUGUAUUCUAUAUACUUAUCACUGGACCGGUCAUACGAAUAUAAUUAAUUUGGGCUUCGGAAAGGCAAACAAGCUGCAUGAAUAUGUUGUCGUCCUUAUGUCAGGCCUGAGAAUUGGUAUAGGUCUAUUUACCUUGAUUCACAGAUGGUACCAGCGCUGCAAGAUGAUGGACUUGACGAGGAAGGUGCUUCGGGUAUUUAUUGCCAGGCCCCAGGUGAAGAGGCUGUCCCGCUGGGGCAUUCUCGCCAAGUUUCUCUCUGGAUCUGUGACUGAUCUCCUCCAAAUGGCCUUCGUGCUGGACGCAAUAGGCCGCGUGGACUCGCAAUUCUACUUGGGAAUGGGCUUGCAGUUCUGGAUGUCGGCCAUCCUCAAUUUGGCCGUAUCGCAGCAUUAUCUUAUAAUGCUUUUCGUUCGGACGCAGUAUAAGCUGCUCAACGCUGAACUGCAGCAGGUGAUCGAGGAGUCCAAGGAGUUAAGUUGGAAUCCUCGACGGCAGGGGGUUUUCAUGACUAGGUGUUGUUUCUUGGCAGAUCAGCUGGACAACAUAGCCAAGCUCCAGAGUCAGCUGCAAAAAAUAGUGAACCAGUUGGAGGAAGUAUUCGGCAUUCAGGGCGCCCUGGUCUAUAUGGGAUACUACAUGUCCUCGGUGUCCACCUCCUACCUCACCUAUAGCAUCCUUAAAAUUGGCUACCAGAACAUGCAGAUGACGCUGACUAUUGUGAUCCUGUCCAUCGUAUGGAGCUUCUUCUACUACCUCGAUGGUAUGCUUAAUCUGUCCGUCAUGCUGCAUGUCCAGGAUGAUCACAAGGAUAUGGGCCGUCUACUGGAGCAGCGAACCCUAUUUGCACCCGGCUUGGAUGUGCGACUCGAAGAAGCCUUUGAGAGCCUCCAGCUGCAGCUGAUUCGAAAUCCUUUAAAAAUUGAUUUAAUGCAUUUAUACGACGUCACCCGAGGUUCUACCAUGACCAUGUUUGGAAAUCUGAUAACACAUUCCAUCUUCCUAAUUCAAUACGACAUGGAGAACUUCUGA